ACAACGUGCGUAAGGAGGGUAGAGAGAGGUUCACUCACAUAGAGAGAGAGAGAGAGAGAGAGAGAGAGAGAGGGAGCUGCCCUUCACCGCCGCUGCUUUAUCGAUAUCGAUCAGUUAAUCGGUGAUCUUCGGGACAUUUGGACGGACCACAGUGGGUCCGGCGGAACCGGGUCGGACUGUGAAGCGGCCGUGAGAGGCUAGCAGGUCCGGGAGCUAGCGCCAAACAGGCUAACAACAUGGACAGCUGCUAAAGCUAAAGAGAAACAAGGAAGCUACGGACAAGCUAAGGCUAAGGUGGCUAACUGUGGGCUAAUCUUCUUUCUGAUGAGCGACCCAGGAGCAUGCACCCAGACACAAAGAGCUGACUUGUUGUGGGAUGUCGGGCAGUAAGGCGCUGGGUGGGGGGGCCGGCGGGGGGGCAAGGCGCAGGCGGACGCGGUGCCGGCGCUGCCAGGCCUGCAUGAGGACCGAGUGUGGGGAGUGUCACUUCUGUAAGGACAUGAAGAAGUUUGGAGGACCAGGACGCAUGAAGCAGUCCUGUCUGCUGAGGCAGUGUACAGCGCCCGUGUUGCCCCACACGGCCGUGUGCUUUGCGUGUGGUGAGGCUGGAAAAGAAGACACAGUGGAUUCAGAAGAGGAGAAGUUCAGCCUGUCUCUGAUGGAAUGUACCAUCUGCAACGAGAUCAUCCACCCCAGCUGCCUCAAGAUGGGAAAAGCUGAAGGCAUCAUCAAUGAUGAGAUCCCGAACUGCUGGGAGUGUCCCAAGUGCCACAAGGAGGGCAAAACCAGUAAGGACCAGGCAGACGGCUCGGGGAAGCGCCGCUUGGAUAAUGGGGAGGUGGGCCGCUGGAAGCUAACAGAUGACCCGCCCCCAAAGAAAAAAGCCCCGCCCUCUCUGGAGGAGGGGACUCGGACAGAGGGGGGGCACAAGAGGAAGAAGGAGAAGGAGCUGCCUCAGGACAGUGGAGCCAAGAAGAAGAUGAAAGGGGUUCACGAAAAACGACUCAAAAAGAAGCCGAAGCCAGAGGAGUCCAACGGUCCCAUGUCCUCAUCUGGAGGAGGAGCUGGACCUCAGGGGUCCUCCUCCUCCUCUUCGUCUUCCUCUCAGCCCGGCGGAGGGGGAGGAGCUGGGGGCGGGGCCACCAGCGCCGACCAGCGCUCCCAUCACCGUGAGAAGCUGGAGCGCUUUAAGAGGAUGUGUCUCCUGGAGCGCCGGCCCGAGUCCUCGUCCUCGUCCUCCUCCAGCUCUGAGUCCGACUCUGACUCCGACUCUGACGACUCCCUGAGGGGCGGCGAGCAGGGGGGCGGGGGCGGCUCCUCGCCCUCGUCCUCUUCCCCCGCAGCUCCGCCCCCUCCCGUCAUCUAUGGCAACAGCAGCGGCAGCCGAGCCGAGCGAGAGCGAAGGGAGAGGGAGCGCGAGCGGCGGUUGGCCGAGCUGGGCUUCAGCGCCAGCGAGGAGUCUGAGGCCGAGGGGGGACGGGGCGAGGAGGAAGAAGAGGGGCGGGACGAGGGCGGGGACAAGACUCGGCGGCGAGGAGGAGGAGGAGAUAUGGGGCUAAACCAGAGAGGACGCAAAGAGGAUGAGGACACGCCUAGAAAAACGUCAGCCUCCUUACCACCGCCCUCACCGCUCUCCUCCAAUCACGAUGGCGGCUUCACAGGGAAACAGCGCAGCAGCAAUGGGCAGGAGGCGCGUAACGGACGGACACGGGGCGGGGCCAGGGAAGGCGGGGAGAAAGAAAACGCCAGUCUGCCAAAUCAUAGACACAGCGGCGGAGGAGGCGGGACCAAAGGCAGCCGCGGAAACAAGAUCCGGAGCAACAGUAACAAAAGCCCGCCGUCGGCCGGGUCACGGAUCGGCUCCACCUCCGCCUCCAUCCCCACCUCCAACGGAGGGGGCGCGGCAGGGGGCGGUGGCCCACUGAUGUCGGCCAUGGCGGCGUCUCCGUGCUCGUCCCGUCUCGCUCCUCGCUCUCAGCUGAUGAAGCGCAGUCCGCCGGCCGUACCGUCACCGCCGCGGCCCGUCCAGAUGGAGCGCCAUCUGGUGAGGCCGCCACCCACCUGCCCUGAGCCCAGCUGUCUGCCGCUGGACUCAGGCUCCGCCCACAUCAUGACCCGGGACGUAUGGCUGCGAGUGUUCACCUACCUGAGUCAGAGAGAGUUGUGUGUCUGCAUGAGGGUGUGUCGCACCUGGAGCCGCUGGUGUUGUGAUAAGCGUCUGUGGACUCAGAUCGAUUUGAGUCGCCAGCGCUCCAUCACCCCCCCGAUGCUGAGUGGAAUUAUCCGCCGCCAGCCAAUCAGCCUCAACCUGGGGUACACCAACAUCUCCAAAAAGCAGCUCAUGUGGCUCAUCAACCGCCUGCAAGGUCUGUUGGAGCUCAACGUGUCUGGGUGUCCAUGGCCGGCGGUCUCUGCUCUGUGCCAGGCCGUCUGUCCCUGUCUCAGACUGUUGGACCUCAGCAGAGUGGAGGACCUCAAAGACUCCCACCUGAGGGAGCUGCUGGCCCCUCCCCCGGACACCCGCACAGCUCACGGUGAAACCAGAGUGGGGCGUUUCCAGAACGUCACAGAGCUGCGAUUGGCCGGUUUGGACCUGACGGACGCGUCGUCGCGCCUGUUGGUGCGUUAUGUUCCUCACCUGAACAAACUGGACCUGAGUCAGUGCGGAAACAUCACAGACCAGACGGUGCACACCAUGACCUCCCCCAUGUCCCCCCUGAGAGAGACCCUGACCCACAUCAACCUGGCAGGUUGUCUAAAGGUGACGGACCAGGUGGUCCCACUGCUGCGUCGUUGCCCCUCCCUCCAGACCGUCGACCUUCGCUCCUGUUCCCUCGUCUCCUCGGAGACCGGACAGCUCCUCUCCUUCCCCCCCAAUGCCGCCGCCUCCUCCUCCACGUCAUCGUCAUCUAGCUCCGCCCCCUCCGCUGCCGCUGCUUCCUCCUCGUCCUCAUGUCCUCCUGAAGACAGAACACUGCUAAAGAACAGCUAAAGACUCAAGCCCCGCCCCCCACGGCGUCACACUACAAACAGGGUGGAGGAGGGACACUGGGAAAGCCACCGCAGAAGAAGAGGAGGAGGAGGAGGAGGUGCAUUCUGGGAAAGCCGUCGUCGAUAGUUCCAAUAGAAACCUGAGCAUGUACAUAUUUGUUCUCUGUACAAUUUGGGUGUGUGUAUAUAUCUGUAGUUUACUGUAAAUGACCUCAUCAGCCCCGCCCCCUGUCCGCCCAUCCUCUGUCCUCCAGCCAAUCAUCACGCCAGGCUCCGCCCGCUCGUCUUUAGCUGAAGACGAAAGUCAAAACAUCUUCGAGGUUUAUUC